UCCGCUUCCGGUGGCGGCCAUGGUGGAGGAGGACGGAGGUGGUGGUGCUAUGAGCUUCCUCAAGCGGUUCCCGCCGCCGGCCGAGGGUGUCCGGCAUCGCCAGCCCGACACGGAAGCGGUGCUGGGGGGACGCAGCCUGGGCGCUGGGACGCUGUACAUCGCCGAGAGUCGCCUGUCUUGGCUGGAAAACUCUGGAGUUGGCUUCUCCUUGGAUUAUCCCACCAUAAGUUUACAUGCUGUUUCCAGGGACCUCAGCGCCUACCCAUGGGAGCACUUGUACGUCAUGGUGAAUGCCAAAUUCGAAGAAGAGGAGACAAAAGAGGCUCCCGUGGCUGAAGGGGAGGAGGAGGACAGCGAUGAUGACGUAGAACCAAUUGCAGAAUUCAGAUUUGUACCUAGCGACAAAUCAGCCUUGGAAGCCAUGUUUUCAGCGAUGUGUGAAUGCCAAGCUCUGCACCCGGACCCAGACGAUGAGGAUUCAGACAACGAUUAUGAAGGGGAGGAGUACGAUGUUGAGGCCCGUGAGCUAGAACAAGGUGAUAUCCCGAGCUUUUACACAUAUGAAGAAGGAUUGUUGCAUUUAACUGCAGAAGGUCAGGCCACCCUGGAGAGGUUAGAAGGCAUGUUAGCCCAGUCUGUCAGCAGUCAGUACAACAUGGCUGGAGUGAGAACCGAAGACUCGAUAAGGGAGUUUGAAGAUGGGAUGGAGGUGGACAUAGCACCGGUAGUUGCUGGGCAGUUUGAAGAUGCAGAAGUUGAUCACUGAGGAGGAAGUACGCUGCUGAUUAGCUGUUUUAAUGCUACCAGAGAAUCUCCGUCACCAAAACAUCAGCGAAGAAAUUUUGAAAGAUGAGUUCUUAAUUCAAGUUCCAAGAUUAUCUUCAUGAAAGCCCAUAAACCACCAGUAGAUUUGAUUAUCCUUAAAGAAAACUUCCACUUCCUCCUCCUCUUCUGAAGGUGAUAAUCAAUUUUCCUCUUGUUCUAUGUGUCCUUUCUAAGAAGAUUGUUUUAAAGCUGAUGACUAAGAACUGCUUAUGGCUAGAUCAGGGUAUCCAUUAUAUACUGAAUGGUCUCAGUUUCCUUGUCCUCGUGGGUAUCUGCUAUGCCCAUAAAUGAGGUCACGUUGCACUUUGCACAGGCAGUUUGAGGGUUCAUGGUAUGCUAGUCCAUGAUUCUGCAUGUUAUUACAGCAAAUCACAAAGAAACCUAUUAGUAGAUUCCUAAAAGAAUCCCCCCAAAUAAAACAAAGUAAUUUAACUAAGAUGCUGAUGCUAGGAAAAGCAAGGUAGUAAAUUAGCAUAUCACUAGGACUCUGCCAGUUUCUAGGAAGCCUGAAACAGCAUUUCUGCUGAUACAUGGAUUCUGAAAAUAAUUUUUACAACUAAAUUUAAAUUAUCAAUUCCCUCGUUAUCAGCUUCUAUGAUUCUGCUUAGAGGUUCUUUCCAGAAGAAUUUUAUUAUCAUCACAGCAGGUCAUUUUCCUAAAUGCCUCAUCAUUUGGUCCAAUUUUGGAAGAAAAACUUCUAUUCCUAUUAUCUUCUUACUUUAAAGAAGUGUCAGAAAAAUUUCACAUCACGUUAGAUUUGUAGAGCUGCGCUCCUGUAUCCAUCAAUUCAGUUUUCAAAUAACUAUCCCCUCUAUACUUCCACCUCAGACACCAUAUGUGUGUUUACAACUCUUGGAUAAGGUCUCUAUGUAUCCAUGGAGCAUCCCUGUUUUGUAAUGAGGUGUUUAUUGCUAAUAGACUGCUCAGCCCUUCAGUUGAUCUACAGACCUGAAAUCUGUAACAAAAUACUUGGCUACAGCAGUGAAAAUGCACAAAAUGUGAUGUGUCCUGAGUAUUCACAUCUUUACAACUGCUUGGUCUGGAGUUCCUUUCCCUCGUAAAUUGGGAGACAGCAUUCAAUAUAUUCUGUAUGUAUUUUCUGUAUGUUAACUAACAAAAAACCUGCUGUUCAUGCAUUUUCACAGAAAUCUAACAUUACUCCCUAAUCACAUUCUACAUUCCUCAUGUCAAAGUUCCAUCUGCUGAUUUUCUUACUCAAGCUGAAAUCACUUGAAGGCUUUCUGCAAAGCAGUUCUGCAGGAUGCUUCUUGCUAAAUAAGUAGAAUGUGGUGUUUCAAAAUGCCUCCUGUUUCUCUAGAUCACUUGCCAAAAUAUUAAAUCCCAAAUACUUGCAACCUGGAAAAUCUCAAAAUGGCUAUCAGGGAGAAAUCAGUUAAUAUAACAGAAAGCUAAACCUGAAUUCUGAGAAAUAGGUGUUUUGUUAGAAGGCCAGUGAUGCUCAUCAGCUUUGCCUCAGGCUUUUCAUUACCUACUGACUGGAACAGUGCAUGGGCUUUUAUCAAACUUACUUUGUGGUUCAGUCAUCCUGUUUGGAUGUUUAAUUUAACAAACUUAUAUUAAAGUAAAUUUUAGUUAGACUAAAAAUUCUGUCUCCAUUUUUGACUGACUGAGAGUCAAUGCAAGUAGAAUGCCCCCAGGAAUGAACUCAAACAAGAAAAAGAAGUUAUUUGUUGUAACUGGAGCCCUUUGAGAUGUUUGCUGUGUAUGUUUCACACGCUGUUGUUGUACCUCCUAAUAGGAUUAACAGUCAUGAAAGAACUCCGGAUUAGCAGACUGCUUCUUUACAUACCAUGUAAGCAGAAAGCUCAAGAUUUGUAGAGACUAACUGUAAACAAUCAACAGCAUGGAAGUCCUACCUGGAGCAUUUUCAUCUGCACACAAUUAGAAGUAAAAAUCUGUAUCUUCCAAAUUAAAACCAUAAUUUAAAUUGAAAAAAAUCUAGUAACUAAUAUGCCUUAUUCUUAAACUAAGAACAGAUUGUUUCCAACAGUGACUGGGGGGAAAAACAUAGAUAGGAACUGCAAAGGUUAGUUCCUAUGGAGAUAAAAAAGAUUUUAUACUUUAAUAUUAAUAACUGAAAAAGUAUUUUUAAGUACUUAUCCUAAUACCUGUGGGGUUCUUAUUUUAAUUAAUCAUCCCUGCAUGUUAACCAGUAUUUUUUUCUUUUUGAACUUAAUCAGCUCAUAUUUACUUCCAGGGAGCCCCUUCUCCUUUUUAUUAUUCUGCUAGAAUCUACAAGUGGACCUUUGGUCAGUGUGAGAAAACACAGCAUACCUCAAACAGGCUGGAUUUUAAUACCAAGGCAUAAAGUCCCAAUCAACAGGCAGCUUCGAAAGGAUCAGGCUCCAGAGUAAACAGCUGUUGGCUUAUAGCUAACUAGUUAACCUUAACCUAACACAAACCUUUUUUCACUUUAGAAUUGUCCUGUUGUGGUUUUUGGGUAGGCACAUUACCCUGCUCAAAGUAUCCUAAAAGUACGUAGACCUUUAACAUGACACCUAACCUAAACAAUUAUACUACUUAACAUGGUUGUUUCUUAAAAUAAACUGAUCAAAAUAGUAGAUGUUAUUUUGUGAAUAAAACUGGCAUUUAAAACUCAGUAUUAGAUGUGUGAUUCACAACACAGAGUGUACCGGUUGCUCUACAUAGAGCAGUAAACAAGUUCAAAAUACAUAACUUACAUAUGUGACACAAAAUAGUGAUUCUGAGUGACUUUAACACAAAUUAUCAUCGACUAUUCUCUGAAUACAGAAAACAAGCAGGCUAUCAAAUAAAGAACUAUGUACUAAAUAACACUUU